UUGGCCUUUGUUUAAUUUUUCUUUUAAUAUUGAUUUGCAGAAAUAUGUUGCUGAUUUGAUUGAGAAACCAGGCAAUGAAAAAAUCUUGUCUGAAUUGUGUGUUUGUCUUAAUUAUGGUGUGAAAGAUGUAAAUGGAGUUCAAUCGUUGAAAGAUUGUAAUAUGAUUUUUGCUCCUGUUCUGAUUGAAGACCCGAAGCAUUAUUACCUGUUUGUCAUUAGUAUGAAAGACAAAAGUGUCUAUUUCUUUGAUAAUAUGCUUCUGGAACCAAAAGAGAUGGAACAAAGGAAGAAAGCUUAUUCUGUCUUGUGUUCUUCAUUGGAAAAACUACUGAAAAAUAUGGAUAACAUUCAUCAUGAAGAUAUUAAAAGCUUCAAAUUUAUCCCGGUCGGUGGUAAUUGGAAGCGAGGUGCUUAUGACAAAGACUGUUGUGUCUAUUUGAUGAUGUUUAUGAUGGUUUUUCAUGGUGUUGAAACGGUACAAGAUGGUGUUGGGAUUUUUGACUUUGAUCCCUUGGCAGAUGAAGUUUCUCAGGGCUUAUAUGAAUAUCUGAAACGAAUGGUUGCAUUCAGGAAAUACAGGAAACAAGAUGUUUUGGAUGCCCUAAUUAAACAAAGGGAAGAGUUGACGCAGAAAUACAUGAAUGAUGAUUCAAAAAUUGAAAUUGUUGCAAGAAAUAGUUCAGCAAGGAAAUCCAAACAUGUUGAAACAGAAGAUGAAGCUGAGACAGAUGUCAAUGUUGAAGGGAAAGGACGUGGCAAAGGCGGGAGACGCACCCGAGGAGGCAGACGCGGGAAGGCACGUGGACGAGGUGCUUCACGUGGUUAA